AUGAACCAUUAUAACGGCAGCAACAGGAGUGAUGAAGAGGAAAAGGGUUUGCUAUGGAAGCUUCCAGAGGUGAGGUUGAAGGAGUUUGGGAAGGUGGGUCCUGCUUUCGGCUUUGGUGCUGGUUGUGGCGUUGGUUUUGGUGUCGGCCUCGUUGGAGGUGUUGGGUUUGGUCCUGGAAUUCCUGGUUUACAGUUUGGCUUUGGAUUGGGUGCUGGAUGUGGGGUCGGUUACGGAUUUGGCUAUGGUGUGGGGAGGGGCGUAGCUCAUGAUGAGAAACGGAGAUACUCUAAUGUUGGCAAGAAUUUUCGCGGUCCUGGAAAUCUUCCAACUCAGGAUGAGAUUGGUGGCCUUGUUGAUGAACUGGUCAUCAACACUAAGAAGCUAGUCGAAGCAACUUCAAGAGAAAUUGAGAAGUGGAGAAGAUGA